GUGUGAGCUUCUCACUAUAGGCUUUGCCGCCAGAGUUCAAUCGCAGUCUCUAGGUAGAGCCGAGGGCAGAAUUUGACACCGAUGGAGCCUAAAAAGUCCGCUUUAGUUCGAAUCGUUCUCCGAAUUGUUGGUCUGGUGUUCGGUGUAAUCGUUAUCGGUUGCAUUGCCGACAAGCUACGCAUAAAGCUCUUCGGCGUCGAAGUGUGCCUCUUUAACAACAAAGAUGCUGCUUGCGACUUUGGCAUCGCUUGUGGCGCGCUGGCUCUGGUCCUAGCCAUCAUCUUCAUUGUUGUGGAUCUUAUUACGGACGUCAUGGGGAAUGCAGAGCAAGCUCGUCGACCAGCUAUCACUGCAGGCAGCGCGCUCGCCAUUGUCAUGGGAAUCAUGUGGCUCGCCUGUUUCGGUUACCUGACCAAACAAUGGGUUGAUGCCAAGGGAAAUGACUUUAAGGAUGAGUACAAGAUUCCAGGGCAAGCUACUCUAGGUUUCAGCUUUCUGUCUAUUCCUAUUUGGUUUGCUGUUGCUAUUUUUGGCUUUGUUGCUCUACGAGGUGGCGCCGUCUCCUAGAUGAAGUUCGAUUUGCAAUGAAACAGACAUUGCUGCUUUUGCUGCUCUUAUAAGCAACGAAUCUUUUUUCUGCUUUUGCUACUUGUUUGCAUGCGCUGUUAAUUAAAACAAUAGGUGUUCUCUAUACACUAAAAUUGGUUUAAUUAAUUGAGUAUC